AUGCCACCCCCCAUUCCUCACACCUUCUACCGUAAGAAAGCGACGAUCCUAGAAGGUCUCUCUGUACCAGACAGCGAGUACAGCGACAAAUCGCCCAAGGGUUCAGUGGACGAAAGGAUCAGAGAGCUGAUCGACGAGAUCAAUGCCUACGAUGGGUUUGUGACCACGAGUAGUUGCGCGGGAAGGAUCGCUGUGUUUCAAGAAGGAAAUGGUCAAGGCAGCGAUUCGAGGAAUGAAGAAGAUGCCGUAGGCAGUUCAGGGGUACCGGGCGGCAAAGGGGGAGGGAAGUUUUUGUUUGUAUCGCAUGAGCCUGUGUACGUCGCAGGGGAUGGCGCCUCGCAACAACUCCCCAGAAUACUCGGUCUAGAUGAAGAACCCGGUGCUUGUGGAGCUAAGGGAUCUGAGUCUUGGGCUCCAGGGCAGAGGUUUGUACGGUUUGCGUUUGAGCCUAUGAUCCUACACAUCAUGACUGCUUCUCUGCACCACGCAAAGCCUCUACUCAGUGCAGCCAUCAACAGCGGUUUUCGCGAGAGCGGAGUGCAAAGCUUGAAGAACCUCGAUGAUCCAAAUGCGUGUCCAAUGGUGGCAAUUCGGACCGCUGGGCUUGGUCUGGAAGCGAUCAUCGCGUUCGUGGCAGAAAAUAGCAACAAUGGGCCAUAUCAAUUUUGGCAAUUGGUCACAAAGGAAUACUACACCAUGCUUCUGAAGAUCGCAAAUGAGAGGUUUGAAGCUAACCAACUGAGGAUUGAAAACACAACGAGAAGUGGGAGAGUCCUGAAGCAAGGCGCCAACGGAAGCGAAAUCAAGGUCUGA